CGUUCUGUGUGCAACAUGUUCAGAAACCCAGAGCUUGCCGGCUGCCUGGGAGCUCUCAGGUUCCCUGAGAAACAAGAUUUCAACCAGAAAAACUUAAGCUUCAUUGGAUUACCAAGUCAAAGAAGAGUUUCAAGCUUUCAGAAAGAGUUCUGGCUUGAAGAGAAAGAACAGCUUGCUAACCACAGAAGAAGAAUCGAUGCUAAGAUUUUAACUGCACUUCCGAAAGUUGCAGAAUUAAGAAAAAUCUUUGAACCAAAGAGGAAAGAAUUUUUAGAAAUGAAAAGAAAAGAAAGAAUUGCCCGGCGCCUCGAAGGAAUCGAAACGGACACUCAGCCCAUCCUGCUGCAGAGCUGCACGGGCUUAGUGACUCAUCGCCUGCUGGAGGAAGACACGCCCAGAUACAUGCGCGCCACAGACCCGGCCAGCGCCCACACCGGCCGGUCCAAUGAAGAGGAGGAUACUUCGGAUUCCUCGGUGGAGAAACAGACCCGUUCCAAACUUUGCACCGAAACCUCGGGCAUCCAUGCUGACCCCUCCUGUGGUUCAGGUCUCAUGGACACCCAGGCUCUGGAGUCCAAAGCGGAGAGAAUCGCACGGUACAAAGCGGAAAGGAGACGGCAGCUGGCCGAGAAAUACGGGAUAGCGCUGGAUUCCGAAGCGGACUCGGAAUCGCCGUCCCGAUACACCAAGUCCAGGAAGGACGCCGAUGCUGCUGACAAGAGGGGAGGGAAAGGUGACAGACAGGCCGAGCCAGGCAAAGAUUCAUGCUCUCUGUACUCCAAGGACUAUGCUCUCUCCGGGGGCGAUGGGCUUUCGGACACCGAGGUGCUGCUCAACGUGGAAAACCAAAGACGGGGUCAGGAGCCUAGCACCACCGGGCAGGCCCGUGACCUGGCCCCCACGGUUGAGAGUUCCUCAUCCUUCCCGUUCCCUGGGCGAGACUGUGCCUUCAGUGAAGUGCCAAGGUCCCCAAAGCAAAUGCACAGCGUGUCCCUCUCCUCGCCUCGGCCACCGGCCUCCCCGAGCCACUCUGCUGGUGACCCGCCACUCCCUCCUGAGGCCCGAGCCAGUACCGGGAAACCCAAACAUGAGUGGUUUCUCCAGAAAGAUUCCGAAGGGGACACACCUUCUCUUAUCAACUGGCCUUCCAGAGUUAAGGUUAGAGAAAAAAUGGUGAAAGAGGAGAGUGCUCGCAGCAGCCCUGAGGUGGCCUCCGAGCCCUUCACUCAGAGGAGACAUCAGCCAGUGCCCAUCCAUUGCUCGUCCUUUCAGUCAGAAAAUUCGGCCUUUGAUAGGGUCUUGAGCAAGGCAGCCAGCUCCGCGGGACAGCCGAUCCGAGGCUACGUCCAGCCGGCGGACCCCAUUCACACGGCCACGCUGGUGACCUCAGAGAUCCCAGAAAACGUGUCUGAAUGCAGCUGGGGGGGGUCCGCCACCCAGAAUGUCAGAAAGCCUCCCACCUCGAAGGUUCUAGAAAGCGAGAGAAGGGAUACCCCCGUGCUCCAUAUUUGUGAAUCAAAAGCCGAGGAAGAUAUGCUCUUCACCGAAGCUCUCGAGAAAAGCAGGAAAUCACUUUUGGCGUUGGAGGACCACGGGCUUACGCGAAGCCACGAAGACCCCUCUGGAAACGAUGACGUCAGCAAGCCUGCUGGGAGCCCAGUGCCCUCAGAACAUCAGAAGGAACCAGAGAGCCUGUCACACCCGCCUCCCUCUCAGCAACCGCCCGCUGAGAGGAUAAGCAGACGGGAGAUGGUCUUGUACGUUCAGAGCCAGCCCGUGUCACAAGAUGCCAGGGCGACAGGCCACAGACAGGAAGCCUUGGUGAAGAAACGCAAGGUCCUCACCCGCUCCCUGUCUGACUACACGGGCCCCCCUCAGCUGCAGGCCCUGAAGGGUAAGGACCCCGCGUCCAGGCAAGAGCCGGAGCCACAGAGUUCCAAAGCUGAAGGGCCCCCCCCAGAAGUCGGCGUGCUGGACACGAAGGUCUCUGUCGCCCAGCUCCGAAAUGCGUUUCUGGAGUCUGUCCAUGCCAGCAAGAAACCUGAACUGUCUGCUUCGCAUUCAGAAAUGCCGGCCACGGAAGAUGAAGAGAAGGUAGACGAACGAGCCAAGCUGAGUGUCGCUGCCAAGAGGCUGCUUUUCAGGGAAAUGGAAAAAUCAUUUGAUGAGAAAAACGUUCCUAAGCGACGCUCCAGAAACGCGGCGGUGGAGCAAAGGCUGCGGCGGCUCCAGGACCGAUCCCACACCCAGCCCGUUACCACCGAGGAGGUGGCCAUUGCAGCCACAUUACAGGCAUCUGCUCACCACAAAGCUUUAGCCAGAGACCAGGCAAAUGAGGGCAAAGAUUCUGCUGAACAAGGUGAACCUGACUCCUCCACUCUAAGCUUAGCAGAGAAGUUGGCCUUGUUUAACAAAUUGUCUCAGCCAGUCUCAAAAGCUAUUUCUACCCGAAACAGAAUAGACAUGAGACAGAGGAGAAUGAACGCUCGCUAUCAGACUCAGCCGGUCACGCUCGGGGAGGUGGAACAGGUGCAAAGUGGAAAGCUCAUUCCUUUCUCACCGACUGUUAACACCUCUGUGUCCACUGUGGCAUCUCUGGUCACGCCGAUGUACGCGGGGGAUCUUCGGACAAAGCUGUCUGUGGAUGACAACACGAGUGCCACUGACUAUAAGUUUCCUUCUUCGAUAGAAAAUUCAGAUUCUCCGGUUAGAAGCAUCCUGAAGUCCCAAGCCUGGCAGCCUUCAGCAGAGAGUAGUGGGAGCAGAGGAAUGUUGAGAGAGUUUGGAGAGGCCGAAAGCAAGAGAGUUUUUACAGGUGGAGAUGGUGGUAAAAAGUACGGGUCCUUCGAGGAAGCAGAGCCGCCCUGCUCUACCUUUAACAGAGUCCGGGAAGGAGACAGCCAUAAGGAACCCAAAUAUGCCGUUCCGAGAAAGGGCAGCCUGGAGCUAGGCCAUCCUCCCGUUGCCCACCUUGGUGACGAGCUGAAGGAAUUCUCCAUGGGUAAAAGCCUCGCACAGGGGAGCCCAGACUUGAAGGACAGGCAGCACUUUGAAGAGAAGGUCGACAUGGAGAACGUUCCAAGAAGGAAGUUUUCACUAAGAGCAGCGGAGAUCGGGGAGCCCCCUUCUGAGCAGACGGGUCUGGCUGCCGGGAAGCCUGUGGCCCCCACUGCAGCCCCCGUGUCCUGGAGGCAGCAAGAUCCUGCAGAACCAGGGCAGGAGAAAUACUCCAGGAGCCCGUGUGCGAUGUUCGCUGCCGGAGAGAUCAAAGUGCCUGCGGUGGAGGGCAUCCUCGAUUCAGCCGGCAAAACCAUGUCCAUUAAAGAGAGGUUAGCACUGUUGAAGAAGAGUGGGGAAGAAGAUUGGAAAAACAGACUCAUCAGAAAGCAGGAGUAUGGCAAGGCGUCUGUCACCAGCAGCCUGCACAUACAAGAAACGGAACAGUCCCUCAAGAAGAAGGAAGAAGGACGAUUUGCAGAUGAUAGUGCCAUUUCUAAUCUGCUUUGGCGGGUCACAGAAAGUCGAGAGAGCCAGAUGACUAUCGAAGAGAGGAAGCAUCUCAUCUCUGUGAGAGAAGAAGCCUGGAAGACAAAAGGCAAAGGGGCGGCCAACGACUCCACACAGUUUACAGUGGCUGGCAGAAUGGUGAAGAAAGGUUUGGCAUCACCCACAGCCAUAACCCCAGUGGCGUCUCCCAUCUGCAGUAAAACAAGGGGCACCACACCAGUUUCUAAGCCCUUGGAAGAUAUCGAAGCCAGACCAGACAUGCAGUUGGAAUCGGACCUGAAGCUUGACAGGCUGGAAACCUUUCUGAGGAGGCUGAAUAACAAAGUUGGCGGAGAGACCGUACUCACGGUCACUGGGAAAUCUGUGAAGGAGGUCAUGAAGCUGGACGAUGACGAGACCUUUGCCAGAUUUUACCGCAGCAUGGAUGACACCAUCCCGCGAAGCCCUGUGGAGCUGGACGAGGAUUUCGAUGUCAUUUUUGAUCCUUAUGCCCCUAAGUUGACCUCCUCUGUGGCCGAGCACAAGCGUGCAGUGAGGCCCAAGCGUCGGGUCCAGGCUUCCAAAAACCCCUUGAAAAUGCUGGCAGCCAGAGAAGACCUCCUUCAGGAAUACACGGAGCAGAGACUAAACGUUGCCUUCAUGGAGUCGAAGCGCAUGAAAGUAGAAAAGAUGUCUGCCAACUCCAACUUCUCCGAAGUCACUCUGGCAGGUUUAGCCAGUAAAGAAAACUUCAGCAACAUCAGCCUGCGGAGCGUCAAUUUGACCGAACAGAAUUCCAACAACAGCGCGGUGCCCUACAAGAAGCUGAUGCUCCUACAGAUUAAAGGAAGAAGACAUGUGCAGACCAGACUGGUUGAACCUCGAGCUUCGUCCCUCAACAGUGGGGACUGCUUCCUCCUGCUCUCUCCCCAUUACUGUUUUGUGUGGGUAGGAGAGUUUGCAAAUGUCAUAGAAAAGGCAAAGGCCUCAGAACUGGCAAGCUUAAUUCAGACGAAGAGGGAACUUGGUUGUAGAGCUACUUACGUCCAGACUAUUGAAGAAGGAAUUAAUACACACACUCAUGCGGCCAAAGACUUCUGGAAGCUUCUGGGCGGCCAAACCAGUUACCAGUCUGCUGGAGACCCGAAAGAAGAUGAACUUUAUGAAACAGCCAUAAUUGAAACAAACUGCAUUUACCGUCUGAUGGACGACAAACUUGUCCCUGAUGACGACUACUGGGGGAAGAUUCCCAAGUGCUCCCUUCUGCAGUCAAAAGAGGUACUGGUGUUUGACUUCGGUAGUGAAGUGUACGUGUGGCACGGAAAAGAAGUCACAUUAGCACAACGGAAAAUAGCUUUUCAGCUGGCAAAGCACUUAUGGAACGGAACCUUUGACUAUGAGAACUGUGACAUCAACCCGUUGGAUCCUGGAGAAUGCAACCCACUUAUUCCCAGGAAAGGACAGGGGCGACCCGAUUGGGCAAUAUUCGGGAGACUUACAGAACACAAUGAGACAAUUUUGUUCAAAGAGAAGUUCCUUGACUGGACUGAACUGAAGAGGCCUAAUGAGAAGAGCGCCAGCGAACUUGCCCAGCCAAAGGAAGAUCCUAGGGCCGAAGCCAAGCCGUACGAUGUGGCGCUGAUGGUGCCGGUGCCCCAGGCGACAGCGGGCACAGUGCUGGACGGGGUGAACGUGGGUCGCGGCUAUGGCCUGGUGGAAGGGGACGACAGGAGGCAGUUUGAGAUCGCCAGCGUGUCUGUGGAUGUCUGGCACAUCCUGGAGUUCGACUACAGCAGGCUUCCCAAACAGAGCAUCGGGCAGUUCCACGAGGGGGACGCCUAUGUGGUCAAGUGGAAGUACAUGGUGAGCACCGCAGUGGGAAGUCGACAAAAGGGAGAGCACUCAGUGCGGGUGGCUGGCAAGGAGAAAUGUGUCUACUUCUUCUGGCAAGGCCGGCAGUCGACCGUGAGUGAGAAGGGCACGUCGGCUCUGAUGACCGUGGAGCUGGAUGAGGAGAGGGGUGCCCAGGUCCAGGUUCUGCAGGGAAAGGAGCCCCCCUGCUUUCUGCAGUGUUUCCAAGGGGGGAUGGUCGUGCACUCCGGGAGACGGGAGGAGGAGGAAGAAAAUGCACAAAGCGAGUGGAGGCUGUACUGUGUGCGAGGAGAAGUGCCCAUGGAAGGAAACUUGCUGGAAGUGGCCUGUCACUGUAGUAGCCUGAGGUCCAGGACUUCCAUGGUUGUCCUCAACGUAAACAAAGCCCUCAUUUACUUGUGGCACGGAUGCAAAGCCCAAGCCCACACGAAGGAGGUUGGAAGGACUGCAGCAAAUAAAAUCAAAGAACAAUGUCCCCUGGAAGCAGGACUGCAUAGUAGCAGCAAAGUGACAAUACAUGAGUGUGACGAGGGAUCUGAGCCCCUGGGCUUCUGGGAUGCUUUAGGAAGGAGAGAUAGGAAAGCCUACGACUGUAUGCUUCAAGAUCCUGGAAAUUUUAACUUCACACCCCGCCUGUUCAUCCUCAGCAGUUCCUCUGGUGAUUUCGCAGCCACGGAAUUCAUGUACCCUGCCCGAGACCCCUCCGUGGUCAAUUCGAUGCCCUUCCUGCAGGAAGAUCUUUAUAGUGCCCCACAGCCAGCUCUUUUCCUUGUUGACAAUCACCAUGAGGUGUACCUCUGGCAAGGCUGGUGGCCCAUUGAGAACAAGAUCACCGGUUCAGCCCGCAUUCGCUGGGCCUCCGACCGGAAGAGCGCCAUGGAGACAGUUCUCCGGUACUGCAAAGGAAAAAACAUCAAGAGGCCACCCCCCAAGUCUUACCUUAUCCAUGCUGGUCUGGAGCCCCUGACCUUCACCAACAUGUUCCCCAGCUGGGAGCACAGAGAGGACAUCGCCGAGAUCACAGAACUGGAUACAGAAGUUUCCAAUCAAAUCACCCUUGUGGAAGAUGUGUUAGCCAAGCUCUGUAAAACCAUUUACCCCCUGGCCGAUCUGCUGGCCAGGCCACUGCCCGAGGGAGUUGAUCCUCUGAAGCUUGAGAUUUAUCUCACGGAUGAAGACUUCGAGUUUGCACUAGACAUGACGAGAGAGGAGUACAACACACUGCCUGCCUGGAAGCAGGUGAACCUGAAGAAAGCAAAGGGUCUGUUCUGAGCAGGAGAGAUGCUGGAGGGACCUCUGUCGUCACUUUCAAUACCGCUGGACCAGGGAAAUGGGUAUUUUUUUUUUCUUGGACUGGUAUUUUUAAAAAAAAAAACAACAAAGAUUUUUUAAAUCAGAGUUUUCCAAAACCUGAAGUGAUCAGCUCUACUGCUUGUCCCGGAUUUGUGCAUUUUGUAAAUGUUUAAGCGAGCCCUUUGGAAACGUUCUUUCCAUGAUUCAGCAGGUGAUGUUAAUAAAGGCGUCCCCCAUGUGCACAUGCGCGGCGGUUCCCGCGCUGCCCGCCGCGUCCUGUGGGCUGCCUACCUUUUUUUGGAAGCAAUUCUCUUUCUAAAGCGUUAUUUUGAUAGUUUGUGGGUUCUAAAAUAUAUAUAUUUAUAUAAACACCAUAUAAAUCAAAUACAUAUUUAACAAAGCAGUAUGUAUUCAUUCACUCUUAAGAUAUGUUUUUCUUUUGGUGUCAAAAUAAUUUUAAAAGGUAGAUGGAGUCGCUUCUGUGGCAUUAGCUCGGGCACCCCUCCGUAUUUUCACACACGUUCAGAAACGUCUCCUUCAGCAUUAGGUCUGACUUGUUCUGAGUGCUGCUUCUGGUGCUAAAAUGAACAAAUGAAUUUGUACUUCCUGGCAUGGGCUCUGAAGACUCUGUGCGAAUCCACCUCUCUACCUUAAUAUCUCCCCAAAAUGUAUAGUGCCUUGUUUUUAUGUACAGUUUAUAUACAGAAAAGUUUGCUCUGCAUUUUUUGAUGAUGGUUUGGAACAAUUAUCUCCAAUUUUACUCUCAAAUAGUAGAAAGGAAAAAAAAAAUCUCAAAUUUCUAACACCUGUUGUAAACAUGAAACAUGUCAUUUUGCGAUACAGAACUCCAAAAUAAAAGCUUCAAGAAUAAACACAGUAAUCGAUUGAUUCA